UUUUAUUAUAUUGAUUAUAUUAUCAUUUUGGUUUUACCGGAAUUUGUUCAUCUUAAAUUCAAUUCAAAUAAUUCAAUUACACAUGAUUUAUUUCAAUAUCUCAACGGUAACUAUAAUUUAACGAUAUCUCAUGCUGUUAAUCUCCAACCAAAUAUUUUUCAUAUUUCAAUGGUUUAAGUAUGUUGGAUUUUUCAAUAUUAUAUUAAGAAAUUCUGUUUGUAUAAGUGUCCCAGACGUACUCUCAUUGUAGUGUUAUCUUACCAUUAAAGACAGGAUGAAAAACCAGUAUAAAAAUCUUGAUGGACAUGAAUCUUUGUAUGCAAGUAGGCGAUUGAGAUUAAUCCAAAGUCCUUUGAUAGUGAUUUUGUGCUUCAUAUUUUUGGUUUUUUCUCAAUCAAAUUUAAGUCAGUCUCUAUCGAAAGGAGAAAGACACAUUUUUAUUUUGAAUCCCAAACAACCCCUUCUUCACACAUCUUCAACCAAGUUUUUAUCAUUUAGCUUUGACACUUAUUCUUUGAGAAAGAUGAAUGAAUUGCCAAUUUCAGACGAAAGAUUUAUCAAUUUGGCAAGACUCUUGAGUCCAGCAUAUGUCAGAAUCGGUGGUACAUCUGCAGACUGUUUGUUCUUCAAUGAGUCUCCACCGCAGAAUUCACAUACACAGGUAACAAGUCCAAUUGAUGGAAAUCAUUAUUCGAAUUUUACAUUUUCAGAGGAAGAUUUUUUAUCUCUUUACCAAUUUACAAAAAAAUCAGGAUUACGAAUGCUCUUCGAUUUAAAUGUUUUAAUUCGAAAUCCUGAUGGAUCAUGGAAUGAUUCCAAUGCUAGGCAAAUAGUCGAAUUUGCUAAAUAUCAUGAAAUGACAUUAGAUUGGCAACUCGGAAAUGAGCCAAAUUCCUUCAAACACGUAUUCAAUGUAGAUAUCUCUCCUCAGCAGUUAGCAAAAGAUUAUUUCGCUUUGCGAUCUCUUUUGAAUACAUCUGGAUACAAUGAUAGUAUUUUAGUUGGUCCUGAAGUUGACAAUAUCAAAAAUCCAAUAAAUAUAACAUAUCAAGGACAAUAUUAUGUUAAAGAAUUUCUGAAGAAUGACGAGGAUUGUAUCGAUUAUGUUACUUGGCACCAAUACUAUAUCAAUGGGAGAACAGCUAAAGUCCAGGAUUUCAUAGAUCCAAAGGUUUUCAAUAUUCUCUCGAAGCAAAUUAAAUCCUUGCAAGAUGUCAUUGAUGGUGUAGGGAAGAAAAUUCCAAUGUGGCUAUCUGAAACUAGUACAGCAUUCGGUGGAGGUGCUCGAAAUAUUUCGGACCGAUUUGUUGCUGGAUUUCUCUUUCUUGACAAACUAGGUUAUUCUGCAAGUGAAGGUCUUCAAGUAGUAAUCAGGCAAUCGUUUUUUAAUGGACAUUAUGCCAUGGUUGGACCCGACUUGAAUCCAAAUGCUGUCUGGUGGGUGAGCGUCUUCUACAAAGAAUUCGUUUCCAACAAAGUUCUUAAACUAGCAACUAUUAAUAAUUUUGGAAACGUUAGACUUUACGCUCAUUGCACACCUGAAAAGUCUCUCGUGAGUAGAGUGCCAGCCGUCACAGUGUUUGGGAUGAAUCUUCAUAAUUAUUCUGUGAACAUUUCAAUUCAAGGAUACAAAUCAACUCCUAAAAUCACAAUAUUUAUGUACGCACUCACAUCAGACGAUUUACAAUCCAGAACGAUUAAACUAAAUGGAAAGGAUCUGAACUUACUAUUUAAUGGAGAUUUACCUCCGUUCAAACCUGUGAUUCUGAAAAUAGGAAAGUUCAUCACUCUGCCAGCUCAUUCUAUGGUGUUUAUUGUAAUGCAUGGAAUUGAUAUUCCUGCCUGUUUCACUUGAUGAUAAUUGCUUGAUGUUAAAUGCUAAUUUUAUAUUUAUUGUAUUUUUAUGUAGUUUGUACUAAAGUACAUUUCAUAUUAAAGGAACUAGUUACGCAUUUCACCUGAAUUCAAGUGAAACAGAAAAAUUCAAAAUUGUAAUCAAUAGUAAGAAAGGUUUAAAUACAAUUAAUUAAUAAUUUA